AUCCUGGAGCGUAGUAGGUGCUCAGCGAAAGUGUGGUGUGUGAUACGCUCUUCUCUGCCGUCCCCACAGCCAUCUCCCCUCUACAUCUACAUCAUACCGGACGAGGCAGAGGAUUUCAGUUUGUUUUUUCCACCCUCAGAGCUGUAGCCAGGAAGCUGAAACAGGUCCUGGAUUCCUCGGAAAUUAUCUGGAGGCUCUGGGGAGCCUGUCUCCUACCUUGGCUGCUGGAACCCUCUGGACUAAUGAUUGAGGCUCAGAUGUGCAAAGGCGCUGGCCCUUUGCCUACUGCUCUCUGCCUUCCUCUGAGCUGUGUUCUCGGACACGGGACGAUGUCGUGGGGAGCAGCGAGGGUCUUUGUCCGGAGUGCAGCUGGUGGGAGGUGACCACCGCUGCAAAGGGCGCGUGGAGGUGCGGUAUGGUGGCCAGUGGGGCACCGUGUGUGAUGAUGGCUGGGACAUGAAUGAUGUGACCGUGCUGUGCCGAGAACUGGGCUGCGGACCCGCCAAGGUGACAAUCACGGGCACUCUAUUCGGACCAGUGACACCAAAGGACCAAAAAGUCCUCCUCCAAAUGGUCGGAUGCGAUGGGACGGAAGAGAGCCUGUCUCAGUGUGAAGCGGAUGACGAUGUUUUCAACUGCCGCCAUGAUGAGGAUGCAGGAGCUGAGUGCGAGUUCCUGGAGAUCGUGCGGCUGGCUGGUGGCCCCACACACUGCCAGGGCCGAGUGGAGGUGAAGUUCGGAAGAGACUGGAGCUCUGUGUGCAAAGCAGGCUGGAGCUUUGCUGCCACCAAGGUCGUGUGCCGGCAGCUGGGGUGUGGACGGGCCAUCCUGACGCGGAGAUGCUGCAACAAAGCGACCCAGGGCCAAGGGGACAUCUGGCUGAGGAAGGCGUUAUGCUCGGGACAGGAAGUGAGACUUGAGGACUGCCUUUCUGAGGUUUGGGAUCACAACUGUACCCACAAUGAGGACACGUGGGUCGAAUGUGAAGACCCCUUUGACCUGCGGCUGGUAGGAGGGGAAAGCCGCUGCGCAGGAAGGCUGGAGGUGCUGCACAAGGGCGAGUGGGGCUCCGUCUGUGACGACAGCUGGAGACAAGCGGCGGACCAGGUGGUGUGCAGGCAGCUGGGCUGCGGGGAGCCCGUCUCUCUGCCCGUCCGGAGAAGGUUUGGCCGUGGGCACGGCCGCAUCUGGCUGGACGAGGUCAAGUGCUCGGGGAGCGAGCAGUCCCUGGAGCAGUGCCCACACAGGCUGUGGGGCUACCACGACUGUGACCACCAAGAGGACGUGACUGUGGUCUGCAAAGAGCAGUAGCCUGGCCUGCUUGAUGCUGACCUGCAGACCCCCAGCGUCCUCACUUCUGGGCCCUGAUUGGCCCGGCUUGAGCCCCGCGGUGCAGGCUGUACCCAGCUCCCCACUCUGCCCCCGGAAGGGGUCUGGUCUGCGUGCCUGCGCCGCUCCAGAGCCAAGCUUCCGCCAGGGAAGGCAGGCCGGGUCCUCCUGCCUGCACGGCGGGCCCCCGCCCCCUCGGGCCUGUCCCGCCUCUGCUCCCCCUGCCUGGCGCUCUGCCCAGCACGGGCCCUCGCCCGGCCCCAUCUCUGUGCCUGUAAAGAACGCGAAGGGAGCUAGACAGUCACACGGAGACCCAGGGGGGACAGCUUGGCGCCUUCCGAACUCUUCCUCUCACGCUUCGGGUGACCACCAUGAGCCACCCCCCCCUCCCCACCCCCGGGGUGGCUCAUCUGUUCUUUCGGCAGCAGAGCAGCGGCCUGUAAUUCUAGACGCUUUCAUGGUACCUGGAAACCAUCACACCCCCGAACGGCUGUAAGAAAACUGCUCUGUUGACCCUGAAAACAGCCAGCCAACGCGACGGGUGCGUGGAGCGGCCGUGCGCCGGCGCGUCCUCACGGACCCGAGGAAAGGGGCUGGCUGCGCGGCUGUGGCCUGGAGGAGGGAAGGGCCCCGAGCCGCGCCUUACGCCCGUCACUCGAUGCCACUCCCAUUGUAUGCGCUCCCUCGCUGGAAUCCGCUUGUCCGCGGCGGGCACGAGGCUGCUAAGGAGAGAACCAGCACCGGCAAUGUGCCCGCCUUGACGCCGCGUAAUAAAGUCGUCUUGCGGUCCCCGCCGCC